AUGCACCUGACGGGGGCGUCGAGUGGCGCCGUGUCGCCCGACACCAACUCGACACUGCUCCAUGAAACGUACACGAAGAUGACGUCGGACAUCCUCGCAGAGAGGACGUUGGGCGAUUUUUUGUCCGAGCACCCCGGAGAACUAGUGCGGACGGGCAGUCCGCACUUCGUUUGCACCGUGUUACCACCCCACUGGCGCUCGAACAAGACGUUGCCAGUAGCGUUCAAGGUGGUAGCCCUCGGCGAUAUCGGAGACGGUACUCUAGUCACCGUUCGCGCUGGUAACGAUGAGAACUGCUGUGCAGAGCUCCGAAACAGCUCGGCGGUAAUGAAGAACCAAGUGGCAAAGUUCAAUGAUCUGAGAUUCGUCGGCCGCAGUGGUCGCGGCAAGUCGUUCACUCUGACGAUAACGGUAUCUACGACACCGCCGCAAGUGACGACGUACAAUAAAGCCAUCAAAGUGACCGUCGACGGACCUCGGGAACCGCGCUCCAAGACCAUGUUAUCUCUCCUAGGGCAGCAGCAGCAGUUCCACUUCGCGUUCGGUCAACGGCCCUUCCCCUUUCCGCCGGAUCCACUCGGUGGUUUUCGAAUGCCGCCCAUCACUACUUGUCAAAAUAUGAGUCAAUUUGGACUUAGUUCGAGUAAUUCGCAUUGGGGAUACGGGAGUGCUGGCGCAUACCCGGCGUACUUGCCGUCUUGUGCGGCGCCCAGCGCGACUCAAUUCAAUCCACCUGCCCUCGGCUUCCCAGGGAGUGUACCUGACCAGACGCCAACGCAAGACUUUACUGCUAAUAACACAGUAUUACCUGAUACGACUGGCGUGGACUUGGAUCAGCAGCUGUCUGGACUCGUGGGAUCCUCACCUUCACACCACGGAAGUCUUUUGCCACGAUAUAACAACAACGCUGACUACGGCUUAUCGACGGGGCCACGAUCGUUAAGCGACAAUAGUUCGCAGCCUGAGUCACCAGUACAAGACGACUUAUUAACUUCCAAUACGUCUAACAAUAUCGGUCACAAUCACUCGAAUAGUUCUAACUUUCCCUCACUAAUGGGAUCACAGAACGCCUCGUACGCCGGAAGCAACUGCAACAAUUCACUGUAUCCCGUACUUCCAGCUAGUUUGCUGUACAGUCAAUUGUAUACGGCGGCGAACCAAACUCAUAAUUUUCAUUCAUUGCAUUCGAAUUCUAUACAUCAUUCAACACAAAACCAUCACAACGAAUUACAGACUAUGAUGGAUCAGAUAUCUUCGACCACUAAUAAUCAUAGGCAACAUGGAAACCAUGGGCACGGUGAUUUGUUAUUAGGCGGUGGUAACUCUUGUGCUGCGGCAGCGUCUAGAGGAGAAGAUGGUAGAGUGAACAGCCUUGGGCAACGUGGCAACCCGCAACCAGACAGUAACACAGUUUGGCGACCAUACUAA